GCAUUAUUUUCAUUUUCUGUUUCUAGGUAACGUACGUGUACUAUAUGUUUAUUUGUUCAUCAAGUGUAAGUACAUAAAUUGAUUUGGCCUAUUUUGUUCAGUCGCUUGUAUGCCACCGCUCACGGUGUAAUCACAAUGGCCUGGGCGUCUGAAGCUAUACCAGAAUAUUUCCAAGACUAUUUAGGCGAACCAGAUGAACGCGUGAGGGAUUGGUUUUUAGUUAACUCUCCUUUGAAUUUGAUUAUCAUUUACGUUGUGUAUUUCUCAUUCAUUCUCUUCGGGUUGUACUUUAUGAGCAAACGGAAACCCUUUGAACUAAGAGGCUGUCUCGUGGUCUACAAUUGCAUACAGAUCGCCAUCGCGAGUUAUAUCUUCGAGGAAAUUGUAUCCAACGCAAUUUUGGCUAAGUAUAAGUUAAUUUGUACGCCGUUGGAUACCAGCUAUAACAGAACGGCGUUGAGGAUCGCGAAAACGUUUUGGUUGUUUUACAUCUCCAAAAUCGUCGACCUGUUUGAUACAGUAUUCUUCGUGUUGCGAAAAAAGAACCAGCAGCUCUCGUUUUUGCACGUUUAUCAUCAUUCAACAAUGAUUUUUAAUUGGUACUUAGGUGUUUUGUAUACACCAGGUGGCCAAGCAACUCUGAGUGUCGCUAUAAAUUCCUUCGUGCACAUUAUAAUGUAUACUUAUUACUUACUUUCAUCAUUUGGGCCGAGAGUUCAAAAAUAUUUGUGGUGGAAGAAGUAUUUAACACAGCUACAGUUGUUCCAAUUCAUCAUAAUUCUACUUCAUCUCGUAAUCGGCUCAAUAAACGGAUGCCAAAAACCGAUCUGGCUGGUGUACUUUUCAUUCCUGUACUUGUGGAGUAUGGUUUUCUUAUUCUUAAAUUUUUACGCUACCACGUACGACAAUGAGCGGCAAAUGUACUUAAAAGCGAUUAAAGAGAAACAGAGGAAACAAAAUUAAAU